AUGAGCCGUCGCCUCACUCAUCCAGGCGCGAACUUUAACUUCUCCUCCCCUGGGGACACGGCGGAGAUCCGCUCGAUGACGGCGGAUACGCCCGCCAGCGCUGAGAAGCCCGUUGUCAACAACAAUCACGCAUACCUGCACAUCGUGGAGCGGACACCCGGUGACUUCACCCCGAACAACUUGGUCUAUCACCAACUGCAGCGGUACCACCUCGUUCCUGCGCAACCGAGCACUGCUGUGGAGGCGGGCGAAAACGAAGCGGUGCUCGCUGCCUUCACGGCCCUUGUCACGACCCUGCAACAGCAACCUGCGCAGUCGCCGGAGGAGGCGUCGGCAGAGUUGUUGACCGCUGAAGAGACAGCACUCGCUGCGGCCACGGCAGCGGAGAAGCUGCAGCGCGACCCGUUGGCGUCCAAGCCAGAUGCCCAGGCACAUACUGCUGAGAAUCUCCGCCAGAUGCACGCCUACGCGGCCGCCUCGGUCGCAAACACCACCCCUCCCAACCUCCUUACUGAAAUCAAAGACGCACAUCGCUUUACCUUCUACCCCUUCCCCAUUUUGGCUGCUGUGAGCAUCCCGUACUGCUCCCAGCACUUCUGUGUGCUCGUGAACCUGAAGCCCAUCGUACCGAACCAUCUCAUGGUGGUCCCCAUUCGUUGUGUAGGCACGAUACACGGACUCACAGAGGAGGAAGUGGACGACUGGGGCCACGUGAUGCGGUGCACUAUUCAGGUCCUCGAGCAUCUGCGUCGUCAGUGCUAUGCCCGAGACAGUGCUGCUUCCUCUGCUACCGCCGCCAUACCCUCUGUUGGGAACUACAGCAUUGCUGUGCAGCAAGGCUCGCUGGCGGGGCAGACGGUGGACCAUCUUCACGUGCAUGUUAUCCCCUUCGACCCCAAAGGGAAACUGGCGGGGGAGCCGGAGAUGGACGAGGAGGGACAGCGGCGACGCCCGCCUCGCACACCGGCUGCUAUGCAGGAAGAGACAAACGAGCUGCGUCUCUUGUUUGCCCAGUACACCGCAGCAGCCGCCUCGUUGUCGACGGCCACCUUGUGA